ACAUUUUUCUUUAGUUGGAGCUCUGCCCCUCCAGACGUCAGUCAACUUCAAGAAUUUUCUUCUGUAUAUAAGCUUACUGGUCUUUAUUCGUCAAUAACUCGAAUACCGUUGUUUUGGCCCCAUAUCUGUGAUCCUGCGGUUAGUUACAAUCGGCGCCUAGAAAUGGUGGGCGUCACUGGAAGGUCGAAGACCUGCAAGACGUGCAAGAGACGGAGGGUUGCCGUGAGUUGAAUUCAGAUGGGUAAAGUAAAGGAGACUCUGAGCUGAUGAGAUUUUCCUUUCAGUGUAGCCUCGAACGCCCCGCAUGCAAGACAUGUAUAAAGUCAAGCAGAGUAUGCGAAGGCUACCAAGACGCACCCAUUUUCAUCAUCGACAAGCGAAGCAAGCCCUACACACCAAAAACUCAAACCGCAUCAUCAACACCAACCUCAUCCAGUGAAGAAUCAGACAAGUCAAUCCUUGACAUACCAGCCAAGAUCAACCCCGACGUCACAACACUGGAACGCACCAUCAGCACAAAAGAAGCCUACAAAUCCCUCUGGCACAUCUCCUCCCCUCAUACCCGCGCCGUCUACCGCUCCCAAAUCCUCAGCGAAUUCCUGACAAACUACCCCCAAAGCCCAUCCGAACCCCGCGCCGGAUCAUGGCUCGCCCUCCUCCCCUCCCACCCAACCUACACCACCGCACUCGAAGCCUCCAUCCUAGCAGUCUGCACCGCGAAACUAGGCCGCACGCACAACGACCAAGCUUUAGUGAAAGAGAGCUUGAAAUUCUAUGUCCAGGGUCUCUGGGAAUUGCAGAGAGCGUUAUGGGAUGAGAAGUUGAUGUAUAGGGAUGAGACGGUGGCGGCUUGUAUGUGUUUGCUUAUAUAUGAGGUGGCUGAGUGUCCGGAUCAGAGUAUCAAGGGGUGGGUGGGGCAUCUGAAGGGGUGUGCGAGAUUAUUCCAGUUGAGGGGGCCGAAGAUGUAUAGAUCUGAGAUGGCGCAUCGGUUGUUCUUGACGUUUCGGCAGAUUGAGGUAAGUAAGCUCUCGAUCUCACUUAACCCUAAUUCAAUCGCCGAAAAACAGAAAUGA